CGCGCUGCGGGCUCCGCGGCCGGCCCAUGCCGGGCUGGGGCCGGCGGCAGGGCCCGGGGCCGCAGCCGGCGCCGAGGGCGGCCGACGAGGAUCUGCCCGGCUGGCUGCCCGGUGCCCUGCCUCGCUCAGCAUCUCGGCCAGCCGGGAGGGAUGCGCUGUGCCGCCCAGCUUUCCUCCGCCCUGCCCAUGCCCUGAAGCAGAAAGUUUGGGGGCCGACGGUUGUCCCCCUCCUCCCUCCUCCAUUGAUGCCCAAGGACUCCCGCUGCUAAGCCUCGACUGUGACCUGCCUUCGCCCUCCAGGUCGUAAUGAACUAUUCCAAGCUGUAAUCAAGGCCCCCCCUCCUCGCCCCUCCCUCAUCUUCUUAAAAAAAAUUUUUUUUUAACUCAAGAAUUUGUGUCUGCCGACUCCCUUUUUUUUUUUUUUUUAAUAAUUUAGACCCCAAGGCCUCAUUUCUGGGUGUAAGAGGGGGUGCGGUCUCCCCCAAGACGGCGCGCUGGAAGGACAGAUUCCCCUUGCCGACCCACAUACACCAUGAAGAGGUGUAAAUCGGACGAGCUGCAGCAACAACAGGGCGAGGAGGAUGGAGCUGGGCUGGAAGAUGCCGCUUGCCACCUGCCGGGCGCGGACCUCCGGCCUGGGGAGGCCACGGGUGCUAACUCCGCUGGAGGGCCAACUUCAGAUGCCGGCGCUGCCCUGGCGCCCAACCCAGGUCCCCGAAGCAAGCCUCCUGAUUUAAAGAAAAUCCAGCAGCUCUCAGAGGGCUCCAUGUUUGGCCACGGCCUGAAGCACCUGUUCCACAGCCGCCGCCGGUCGCGGGAGAGGGAGCACCAGACGCCUCAGGAUUCCCAGCAGCAGCAACAGCAGCAGGGCAUGUCUGACCAUGACUCCCCGGAUGAGAAGGAGCGCUCUCCAGAGAUGCACCGUGUGUCCUACGCUAUGUCCCUGCACGACCUGCCCGCCCGGCCCACCGCCUUCAACCGCGUGCUGCAGCAGAUCCGCUCCCGGCCCUCUAUCAAGCGGGGGGCCAGCCUGCACAGUAGCAGCGGGGGCAGCAGCCGGCGCACCAAGAGCAGCUCUCUGGAGCCCCAGCGUGGCAGCCCCCACCUGCUGCGCAAGGCCCCCCAGGACAGCAGCCUGACGGCCAUCCUGCACCAGCACCAGUGCCGCCCGCGAUCUUCCUCCACCACCGACACCACCCUUCUGCUGGCUGACGGUGGCAGCGUGUAUCUCCUGGCUGAAGAGGCCGAAGGCCUUGGAGACAAGGUCGACAAGGGAGACCUCGUGGCCCUGAGCCUUCCCUCUGGACCCGGCCAUGGUGACACUGAUGGUCCCAUCAGCCUGGAUGUGCCAGAUGGGGCACCGGACCCCCAGCGGACCAAGGCCGCCAUCGACCACCUGCACCAGAAGAUCCUGAAGAUCACAGAGCAGAUCAAGAUCGAGCAGGAGGCGCGUGAUGACAACGUGGCAGAAUACCUAAAGCUGGCCAACAACGCGGACAAGCAACAGGUGUCACGCAUCAAGCAGGUGUUCGAGAAGAAGAACCAGAAGUCGGCCCAGACUAUCGCCCAACUACACAAGAAGCUGGAGCACUACCGCCGGCGCCUGAAGGAGAUUGAGCAGAAUGGGCCCUCACGGCAGCCCAAGGACGUGCUGCGGGACAUGCAGCAGGGUCUAAAGGACGUGGGUGCCAACAUGCGUGCCGGCAUCAGUGGCUUUGGAGGCGGCGUGGUGGAAGGUGUCAAGGGCAGCCUCUCCGGUCUCUCACAGGCCACCCACACUGCCGUGGUGUCCAAGCCCCGGGAGUUUGCCAGCCUCAUCCGCAACAAGUUUGGCAGUGCCGACAACAUUGCCCACCUGAAGGACCCUCUGGAGGACGGGCCCCCAGAGGAGGCAGCCCGGGUACUGAGCGGCAGCGCCACGCUUGUGUCCAGUCCCAAGUACGGCAGUGAUGACGAGUGUUCCAGUGCCAGCGCCAGCUCAGCCGGGGCGGGCAGCAACUCCGGGGCUGGGCCGGGUGGGGCGCUGGGGAGCCCCAAGUCCAACACACUAUAUGGCGCCUCUGGAAACCUGGACACUCUGCUGGAGGAGCUGCGGGAGAUCAAGGAGGGACAGUCACACCUGGAGGACUCCAUGGAAGACCUGAAGACUCAGCUGCAGAGGGACUACACCUACAUGACCCAAUGCCUACAAGAGGAGCGUUACAGGUAUGAGAGGCUGGAGGAGCAGCUCAAUGACCUGACGGAGCUCCACCAAAAUGAGAUGACAAACCUGAAGCAGGAGCUGGCCAGCAUGGAGGAGAAGGUGGCCUACCAGUCGUACGAGAGGGCUCGGGACAUUCAGGAGGCCGUGGAGUCCUGCCUGACCCGGGUCACCAAGUUGGAGCUGCAGCAGCAACAGCAGCAGGUUGUGCAGCUGGAGGGUGUGGAGAAUGCCAAUGCGCGGGCACUGCUGGGCAAGUUCAUCAACGUGAUCCUGGCGCUCAUGGCCGUGCUGCUGGUGUUUGUGUCCACCAUCGCCAACUUCAUCACUCCUCUCAUGAAGACACGCCUGCGCAUCACCAGCACCGCCCUCCUGGUCCUCAUUCUGUUCCUCCUCUGGAAACACUGGGACUCCCUCACCUACCUCCUGGAGCACGUGUUGCUGGCCAGCUGAGUGGCCAGCCCACCCUUACCCUGUGCUCUCCGGUCCCCAGUUGGCCACCUUCUCCAGGAGGGACCCUGGGACUUCUUUGUGUAUCCAAUUUGGCCUCCUGUCCAAGCUGUCCAUUCCAGCAGCUCCUACCAGCUCCUACCCCCUUCUCUGUACUUGCUUCUGUCUGAUCCCUUCUCCCUAUUGGCCUGAAGGGAGCUUAGAGUGCAGCCUUGCCUGGAAACACAGGGGCACCUGUGGCCAAAUGGAGCAAAGGAAGACAGCGGGAUUGGAUUGUUUUGAUUAUAGUCACACAGACUUCUCCCAGCUGACCUUGGGAUGCCCUGGGUCAGGAAGUUCAUUGAGACUAGGAGGGGAGGGCUUUGCCUCAACUUACCUAGGAAGAAGUCUACCCAGGAGGAAGCUGUGAUUCCCUCUGGUGGAGAUGGUCAGGAUGAAGGCAAGAGAGUGAGGGAAGAGGCUCUGCUGGCCCCAGAGAGUACAGGGAGGGAGGGUCCCUAGGCUUCAGGUGCCUCCAGGGCUAGUGAGCAGGCUCUGAGCAACUACUAAGGAGCCCAGCCCCCCACCCCUCUUCCCUCUAGAGCUGGUUUGAGGCUGGCUUCUGGGCCUGGGCCCUUCUGUAAUCUGAAGGAUACUGGCUCUGGAGGCCAAGUGCAAUGUGGCUUUGGACUUGCAUUUUCCCUGCUGUUCCUUUUGCCUGUUGCUGGAUCUGCUGUUUUCAGGGAAACAGUCCUCAGGGGCCACAAGCCUCAGCCUAAGACCUUAGGCCUCUGGGAGUUUGUUGGGUUUUAUUUAUUUAUUUAUUUAUUUGUCCCUUACCCUGUCCCGUUGUCUUCCCCGAUGAGCUUCAAGGAGAGGUCCUCCCCUCUUUUCUCUGAAGCCAGGACCAACUGUUGUCUCAUCAGGCACCUCUAUGCCGUUUAGCCUCUAGAUAAUCCUGGCUGGGAGGAGUGGGACCAAGCCACCCAGCCCCAUCCUCCUGAGGUAGCCCCUAGUCGGGAUGGGAGGAACGUGGCCUCUGUUUUAUACGUCUAUUUAUUUUGUAAGUGUGAAUUUGUGUGUAUUUGUUUGUUGCUUUAUUUUUUUAAGGCUCUGGAGUGUUGUGUAUGGUUUCUUUUCACAUCCCAGUCUCCCCAUGGGCACUUCCAAGAAGAGAGGUGAUUUCUCUGGAGAGAAAAGGAGAAUCCCCUGGAGUAGGGAAAACAGUACCUGCCGGCUGUCAUAACCCUCCCCAGGAAUAAAUAUCCUCUAAAUUUUCAAA